CUUAUGUGUCCUUAAGGCUCUCGUCAAUGUGUGCUCUAGAGGAGGAGCAUGGGGUCGUUUGAGAUACUCCCUGUGUGGUCACAGUUUAUCAUAGGUAGUAAAGGUUGAGCUUAUCAGUAAUGGAAGAGUUAAGAAAACUGGAAAUACUGGUGGAGUUGCCAUUAGCGGCGACCCGGCUGAUUAGCUGAAGCAGUUUUGUGACUGAACAUGAGUUGACUGAGGUGGAACUAACGAAAACUACCUUCCUGUCAGCCACCAGUGGUGUGGCAGAACUCCAACAUGGUGGAAAAUAGUACUAAGAAAGGAGGGAAAAGUCAACAGAUGGCAGAAAGCAGGAAAUACUGCAGCUUCUCCCGUUGCCACAUCUGUUUCCUCUUCCUGCUCACCGUAGCAAUAAUGAUUUACUACAUCACCAACCAAUCAGCAGAGAGGGCACCUUCACUGGAUUGGACUCUGAAAUGGUGGAAAGAGUAUGGCAUUGGUUCAGCUGGUUCUGGUACUGGUGCUGUUUCUCCCACCUCUAGUGACAUUUCUGUAUACACCCAAAAAACAGCCUCUGCACAGACCUUCCAGGAUUCCGCAGAUCAACAAACUCCACUGAACAAGUCAACAAGUCCUCAGACACAAAUCAAUGACUCAACACGACAGGGGAUCAAACUCAACAAAACUUAUAAUGAAACUAGUACAAUCACAACAGCUCUGCUGAUCCCUACUCUGACCACAAUAGUCAAGGCAAUAUUGCCUCUCACUGAUCUGGCCACUGAAGACAAAGCAGUACAGACCACUCUAGUUCCAUAUGUGUCUCCAGGCCCGUACCAUGUAGAGUACCCACAUGAGUACCACUUCCUCCUGGAUGAACCAGAGAAAUGUCGGGAGGAGAACCCCUUCCUGGUUCUGAUUGUGCCUGUGGAGCCCUUUAACAGGCAGGCACGUGACGCCAUCCGCAGUACCUGGGGCAGUGAGAAGCAGGUCCUGGGCAAAGAGGUGCGUCUGUUCUUCCUUGUGGCACUGCCCAGAGGAGAUGGAGCAGAGCUGGUUAUGAAGCAGCUGCUGCAGGAGAGCAGAGAGCGCCGAGAUCUGCUACAGAGCGACUUCAUAGACUGCUACAAAAACCUGACCAUCAAGACAAUGGUGAUGAUGGAGUGGCUGAGCUCUCGAUGCCCCAACGCCUCCUACGCCAUGAAGAUCGACUCAGACAUGUUCCUCAACGUGAACACCUUGGUCGACAUGGUGCUUCACGCCCGCGAGCAGAAUUACAUGACAGGACUAGUUGCCCGAUGGGGUGCCGUUUUAAGAGACCCCAGCUCUAAAUGGUACCUUCCAAAGAGGGAGUUUCCUGAGAAUAUUUACCCACCUUAUGCUCUGGGCCUGGGCUACGUGUUCUCCAUGGACCUCCCCAGGAAGCUUGUGGAGGCGUCCAGGCAUGUUAAAGCCGUCUACAUAGAGGAUGUGUAUCUGGGUCUGUGUAUGAGACACCUGGGCAUCCAGCCUACUGACCCCCCCGCUGGAAACCUUUUCAAUGUCUUGCCUGUGCAUUAUAACCGCUGCGUCUACUCACGCCUGGUAGCCACCACCACGUACAGUCUCAUCGACCAGGUCAACGCGUGGAGAGACCUGCACAAACCUGGGCCUCCGUGCUGAUCACAAACACGGACAUGGAAAGUGAACAAAAACACAGGAAGUGGAAUUUCUGGAGGAGGGCAAACAAACUGACACCUGAAGACAGCUGACAAACGUAACGUGUAAGGUCAGCCUCGUCUGUCUCCUGAACGCAGCUCUCGUCCAGGAUCGUCAUCACCGGAAUUCAGAACACCUGUUCCUCAUUAGUGUUCCUAUAAAGUGCCUUUUGUUCCCCUUUGUUCUCUGUGAUGUAUUGAUAGUUCUGCUAUAUUUACUGAUUGGUUCCCCCAGCCCAGUCAUGAACUCCCCACAUUGUUGACCAUUCUGCCUUCCACUGACUAUGUUUGCCAGCCUGCACCUUUUGCACAUCUGUCUUAUUGCUUGACUGCUUGUGUAUUUUGGAUCUGCCUGUGUUUUGGACUAUGUUUUUGCUUGCCCCUUGUUCUGUGUCUCUGCCUCUUUUUUGGUUUAAAGUAUUAGCGCUCUGCGCUUGAGUCUCAGAGACUGACUCAGAGACUGACUCCAGACAUGCUACCUUUUGUUCAAUAGCCUUAUUCAUUUAGAGUCUGUAACUAGAACAGGGUGAAAACACAUGUCAAUUGCAAGUGGUUUUUGGUAGUGUAGUACACAGCUGUGCAGCACGUCUUGGAUUAUAACCCAGACCGUGAGGCGAGUAUAUACGACCAAAACCAACACUGAAGGAUCUUAACUGCAUUCCAAACACAUCAUCACAAUUCUAAUGUUUCUUUUUUUCACUGAACCCUGUUUGACACCACUCUUUGAGCAAAAGACAUUGAAAAUAUGUUUUUAAAUGUAUUUUCUUCAGUUAGCGUGCUGUGUGGCUUUUGGAUUACAAAGGCCUUAAGGAUGUUAAAGGACCCAAACACACCAAAUUGUGACAUUCACAGGAACACGUCACAGUUGGUGUUCUCUGAAAGAAUGUAUUCUUAUAAGUAUCUUGACAAAAUAAAGAUGUAUAAAUACACAA